UUAAAAUCAGCCAGGAAAAGAGAGAAGGAGAUCUCUGCAUACUUGGGAAAAGACCGAAAGUCAUUACUUCCUCAGAGCACAACAACAAGAAAACGAUGGCUGCCAUUCGUAAGAAACUUGUUAUAGUUGGUGAUGGAGGCUGUGGAAAGACCUGUUUACUUAUUCAAUUUAGUAAAGAUUACUUUCCUGAACUUCCUGAACACUUGCCCACAGUGUUUGUGAACUAUGUUGCAGACAUUGAGGUUGAUGGAAAACAGGUAGAGCUUGAGUUGUGUGACACUGCUGAAAAGGAGGAUUAUGAUCAAUUACGGCCUCUCUCGUACACUGACACAGAUGUCAUUCUUAUGUGCUUUUCCAUCGACAAUCCUGAUAGUUUGGAGAACAUUCCAGAAAAGUGGACGCCAGAGGUAAGGCAGUUCUGUCCGAAUGUAUUCAUCAUCCUUGUGGGUACCAAAAAGGAUCUCCGAAAUGAUGAGCAUACACGACAGGAACUUGCCAAAAUGAAACAGGAGCCUGUGAAACCCGAGGAAGGACGAGACAUGUCCAACCGAAUCAAUGCCUUCGGUUAUGUAGAAUGCGCAGCCAAGACAAAAGCUGGUGUGAGAGAGGUUUUUGAGAUGGCCACCAGAGCAGCACUGCAUGUGAAGAAACGUGGCAAAAAGACUGGCUGUUUAUUCUUAUAAAAACCUGUAGAAGAACAGGUAUCAGUUAACACAACCCAGGAUUAAGACUUAAGAACAGGGAGGGGGGUGGGAGAAUCCUAACAUUCGUGUCCUCGUACAGUUGGCGUACCGGGACAAUGUGUCAAGAAGACUAACUUUUUAAAUGUCAAUAUCCUGGCUGGACCACUGUUGUCAGUGAUAUAAGUAUAUAAAAUAAACAUGAUUUCUUAAUGUCUAGUGACAUAUCAGGGCCAUUUUUUUAUUAAUUGAUAUAAAUUUCUUACAUACUGUUCCUUUAAUGUUUGUGUGAAUGAAAACACAGAAUGUGUCUCUUUGUUAUAUACGAAUCUAUCUGGAUGGCUUUAUUCUGUUUGUAUAUCAUGUUGAAGGAUCCUCGUGCAGAAUGUUUUUAUUGUUUUUUUUUUUAUCUUUAAUCAUUUAUUUACAUAAUCAUUUUAUAAUCAUUAGUUAUUAUCCAUUUAAUUAUUGUAUUUGAUAACUUAAUAUUGUUUUAUCAUUAUCAAUUUCAUUAUUAUCAUUUUUAUUAUUACAUUUAUUCAUGUAUUCAUUAUUCAUUUAUUCAUUCAUUAUUAUAUUUCUAUAUUUUAUUAUAUCAUUCAUUAAUUCUUUGUAUUUCUAUAUUUUAUAUGUCUCUUGGUGGUUCAGUUUCACAUUUGGGAAGUUUAGAGCUGUUCUGUCUGUGUGUGAAGAGAAUGUUUAUGGAAGCUCAAGGUCUAUAGGAUGUUACAGCUAAGCAAUUUUGAUAUAACAGUGCAUGCUGAAUUCCUGUGGGGGUAGACGAGGUUUGAACAUUGAGGCAUAUGCAACUGAAACUAAACUGUCCAUCAAUAAAACUCUGUUCUAUUU